CUCUCUCAAGCACACACCAGUGCCCUCUCUCUCUCUCUCUCUGCGUCUUCUCCAUUUCCAGAUUCUAGGGUUUCGAGUACAAUCCCUAAAUCUCCGUCUCAGUGUCUCUCUUCCUCUUUUUUCUGAGCUAUGCAUCCGUAGGGUUUCUCUGUAUCUUCUUCAAUUCCUCAAUUUUUUGGGACAUUUUUGGGCUAAAUGAGUCUCUUUGUCAGUCUCGUCACCUCUCUCUGCUUUCUCUCUGUACUCCUCGGCGGCGCUGGCGCCGUCACAGAGUCGGAGCUCCGAUCUCUGCUCGAGUUCCGGAAAGGGAUCCGAGAUGAUUCUUCGAAUCCACCCAUUUCAUGGCCCGUCACGAACGGCCUCUCCGACCCGAAAACCUGCCCUGACGCUUGGCCUGGGAUCUCUUGUGACCCGGAAAUUGGCUCCAUCGUCGCCAUCAAUCUCGACCGCCGUGGCCUCUCCGGAGAGCUCAAGUUCAGUACCCUUCUCGGCCUCACCUCACUCCGUAACCUCUCUCUCUCCGGCAACAACUUCUCCGGUCGGGUCGUCCCCGCAUUGGGUGCGAUAUCGUCGCUUCAGCACUUAGAUCUGUCGGAUAAUAGCUUCUAUGGUCCCAUCCCCAGUCGGAUCACGGAUCUGUGGGGUCUGAAUUAUCUCAACUUGUCCGCCAAUAGGUUUCAGGGCGGUUUUCCCAGCGGGCUCCGGAACCUUCAGCAGCUGAGAUUUCUGGAUUUGCACGGAAAUGAGCUUUGGGGUGAUGUCGGGGAGAUUUUCACUGAGUCAAAGAACGUUGAGUUCGUUGACUUGAGCUGCAAUCGCUUCCAUGGCGGUUUGUCUUUACCUCUGGAUAACAUUUCGAGCAUCUCGAACACACUCCAUCACCUGAAUUUGAGCCACAACACCUUGAACGGCGGGUUUUUCACCCCAGAUUCCAUUGGCUUGUUCAAGAAUCUCGAGCUUUUGGACCUGGAAAAUAACCAGAUCAACGGCAAGUUGCCGCCUUUCGGGUCAUUGCCGAGUCUGAAAUUGUUGAAACUUGGUCGUAACCAGUUGUUUGGUUCGAUACCGGAAGAACUGUUGCAGGGCUUGAUUCCGUUGCGGGAGCUGGAUCUCAGUCGAAAUGGUUUUACAGGAUCAAUUCUUGAAAUCAACUCCACAACUUUAUCCGUGUUGAAUCUUUCCUUGAAUGGCCUGUCCGGGGAUCUGCCAUCCGCUUUGAAAAGAUGCUUGGUGAUAGAUCUGAGUGGGAAUAUGUUCUCUGGGGAUAUAUCUGUUAUACAGAAGUGGGAAGCCACUCCAGAGUUUCUUGAUCUGAGUUCAAACAACUUGUCGGGGAGCUUGCCAGAUUUCGUUUCUGCAUUUUCGAGAUUAAGUGUAUUGAACAUCAGAAAUAACUCCUUAGAUGGCGCUUUGCCUUCUCUGUGGGAUAAUUCGGGGCUUUCCCAGUUGUCUGUGGUUGAUCUGAGCUCAAAUCAAUUCAGCGGGUCGAUUCCAGCUAGCUUCUUCAGCUUUGGGGCCUUGAGGAGUUUGAAUCUUUCUUUGAACAAUUUAACAGGGCAAAUUCCUCUUCGGAAUUCGCAUGCUAGUGAACUUUUGGCUCUGCCUUUCUAUUCUCAAAUGGAGCUUCUUGAUCUCUCUACUAAUUCUCUGAUGGGUGUUUUGCCUGGAGAUAUAAGUGCAAUGGAAAGACUCGCAGUUCUGAAGCUUGCGAACAAUAAGCUAUCCGGAGAACUGCCUAGCGACCUAAACAAGCUUACAGGCCUGAAAGACCUUGAUUUGUCGAACAAUAGUUUUAAGGGUCAUCUUCCUGAUAAGCUCCCCCCUGGCAUGGCAGGCUUUAAUGUGUCAUAUAAUGACCUGUCGGGCAUGGUUCCCGAAAACCUGAGGCAUUUUCCGCACUCUUCGUUUUAUCCCGGAAAUUCCAAGUUAAAUCUCCCAGGUGGAACGACAUCUCCAGGAUCUACUCCCGAGCAGUUGUCUUUUCGUGGGAGGCAUCACACAAAGAGUAGCAUAAGAAUAGCAAUUAUCGUUGCUUCAGUUGGGACUGCUCUUAUGAUUCUAUUUGUCUUGUUUGCCUAUCACCGUACCCAGCUCAAGGAGUUCCAAGGGAGGAGUGGAUUUACAGACCAACCACCCGGUAGAGAUGUCAAGGUCGGGCGUUCUUCUCGCCCUUCCUUCCUCAACUUCAACUCAAACGUCCAGCAUCCCUCUUCAUCUCUGAGUUUCUCAAAUGACCAUUUGCUCACCUCAAAUUCAAGGUCAUUAUCCGGGCAAACAGAAUUUGCAGCUGAAAUAUCAGAGCAGGGUUUACCCGUGGGUAACACAGCGACUUCAGCAACCACAAACCCUAAUCUCCUUGAUGAUUAUCCUGCAGUAUCUGGAAGGAGAUCUUCCCCAGGAGGCUCCCCACUGUCCUCACCCCGUUUUAGCGAACAGCCCGUGAUGUUGGAUGUGUACUCACCAGAUCGAUUGGCCGGAGAACUUUUCUUCUUAGAUGCUUCACUGAAAUUCACAGCAGAAGAAUUAUCCCGGGCUCCAGCUGAAGUUCUGGGCAGAAGCAGCCAUGGAACAUUAUACAAAGCUACACUGGAUAAUGGGUACAUGCUGACAGUGAAAUGGUUGAGGAUUGGACUUGUGAAGCAUAAGAAAGAUUUCGCAAAGGAAGCAAAGAAAUUUGGUUCCUUGAGGCAUCCAAAUAUCGUUCCAUUGCGGGCAUACUAUUGGGGCCCCCGAGAACAAGAAAGGCUUCUCCUUUCAGAUUACACAAGGGGAGAUAGCUUGGCUCUGCAUUUAUAUGAGACUACCCCAAGGAGGUAUUCCCCAUUGUCCUUCAGCCAAAGACUAAAGGUUGCAGUUGAUGUAGCCAGCUGUCUUUUGUACCUUCAUGAUAGAUCAAUGCCGCAUGGAAACCUAAAGCCGACGAACAUAAUCCUCACAAGCAGCCCUGACUAUACCGUCCGGUUAACCGACUACUGUCUCCACCGCCUAAUGACUCCAGCUGGAAUAGCGGAACAGAUACUGAACAUGGGUGCGCUUGGUUACUGUGCUCCUGAACUUGUCUCGGCAGCUAAGCCAAACCCGACACUGAAAGCCGAUGUCUACACCUUUGGAGUGAUCCUGAUGGAGCUUCUGACCAGAAGGAGUGCGGGUGAUAUAAUCUCGGGUCAGUCAGGAGCCGUCGAUCUGCCUGACUGGGUGCGUUUGUGUGAUCAAGAAGGCCGGAGAAUGGAUUGCAUUGACAGAGAUAUAGCCGUAGGGGAAGAAAUAUCAAAGGCGAUGGAGGACAUGUUAGCUGUGUCUCUGAGGUGCAUUGGACCUGUAAAUGAAAGGCCUAACAUCAGACAAGUUCUUGAUGAUCUGAGCUCAAUCUCUGUUUGAGAUUCGGAUUCUUCCCCUUUCCGAGCCGAAGAUCCUUUCUUUUCUUUCUUUUUUCUUUAUUCUUCUUCUCCGCUCAUUGAGUUUUUUUCUUCUUCGUCUGAAAAUUCUCUUCUAGAUGAUCUGAUUGAUCUCGGGUGUUCAUUAGAUUCUCGAUUAUUUUGCAAUGUUUGUAAAGUAGAAUCUGAUUUGAUUCCAUUGACUAUCUGACAGAACACAACAGAAAGGUUUCAAGUUUGGUUGACGUUGAUGUUCUUCA